CCCGGAGCCUUCCGGCUUCUCGGGGCCGGGCCGCUGCGCUGCGGGGGGAGCCUGAGCUCCGCGCUCUCUGGCCCGGCUGAUAUUGGGGUUGAGCUUCCUGGGUCAGACGCUGCUGCCUGAAUUGUGAUCUGGGAGCCCAGACUGAGCAGCUGCUGCUCCCCCCGUGGGGUCUGGGCUUGGGAGUGACUUGGAGCGAAGCUUCCUCUGUGCCCAGGCAAGGGGCCGGUGACCUUCGAGAAGGUGGUUGUGUAUUUCACCAGGGAAAAGGGGGCUCUUCUGGACCCAACUCAGAGAGCUCUACAGAGACGUCAUGCAGGAGAACUAUGAGAAUGUGACCUUGCUGGGGUUUCUAGUUUCCCAAUCUGAUGUGAUCUUCCAGGUCGAACAAAGGGAAGAGCCAUGGGUCCCAGACCUCCAGGGUUCAGAGGAAAGAGAGAUCGUGAGAGCUCCUCGCACAGCAGGUGAUGCAAUGAUAGGUGAUAAAGAGGAGCAGAAUUCUCAGCUGGAAAAUGUCGAGCAAGUGGAUAAACACAGAGCAUUAUUGCAAAGAUUGAAAAGGAAUGUGUCCAGGAGUCAUGAGCAGGAAAAAUCCUGUGAGAUUCGCCACAGACCAGAAAGAGAGCAGGGAAACCAGCCAGGGGAGAAAGUGGGUAAAUUAAUUUCAUGUGAAGGAACUCAGAAAGACCUCAAGGAAACCACAAGACAGCAGGAAAUCCUCAGGGGAAAGAGAAAAAAUACAUGCACUGAGAGUGGGAAAAACUUACGUCACUACUCAGCCCUUAUAAAGCAUCAGAGAAUCCACACAGGUAAGAAACCUUGUGAAUGCGGUGAGUGUGGGAAAACCUUCAGUCGCAUCUCAAACCUUAUUACUCAUCAGAGAAUCCACACAGGGGAGAGGCCAUAUAAAUGCUAUGAGUGUGGAAAAGCCUUCAAUCACAGUUCUCACCUUAUUACCCAUCAGAGAAUCCACACAGGGGAGCGGCCCUAUGAAUGCCGUGAGUGCGGGAAAACCUUCAAUCACAGUUCACACCUUCUUAGGCAUCAGAGAAUCCACACAGGAGAGAGACCUUAUGAAUGCCGUGAGUGUGGGAAAAGCUUCACUUGCACUUCAGACCUUUUUCAGCAUCAGAGAAUCCACACCGGAGAGAGGCCCUAUGAAUGCAAUGAGUGUGGGAAAAGCUUCACUACCAGCUCAGCCCUUUCUGAACAUCAGAGAAUCCACACAGGUGAGAGGCCCUAUAAAUGCUGUGAGUGUGGGGAAAGCUUCCCGAGGAGUUCAGCCCUUUCUGAGCAUCAGAAAAUCCACACCGGUGUGAGACCCUAUGAAUGCCGUGAGUGUGGGAAAACCUUCAAUCGUAUCUCCGUCUUUAGUAGGCAUCAGAGAAUCCACACAGGGGAGAGGCCUUAUGAAUGCAGUGAGUGUGGGAAAAACUUCACUCACAGAUCAGCCCUUUCUGAACAUCAGAACAUCCACACCGGUGUGAGACCGUAUGAAUGCACUGAAUGUCAGAAAACCUUCAAUCGCAGCUCGAACCUUAUUAGGCAUCAGACAGUCCACACAGGAGAGAGGCCCUAUAAAUGCAGUGAGUGUGGGAAAAGUUUCACUUGCACUUCAGACCUUUUUCAACAUCAGAGAAUCCACACAGGGGAGAGGCCCUAUGAAUGCAGUGAUUGUGGGAAAACCUUCUCUUGGCACUCAGCCCAUGUUAGGCAUCAGAGAAUCUGCAAGGGAGAUCAACGUUAUAAAAACCUCUAGGGCUAUCCGUACUUUUUUAUGUUAAUACUUUUCCUGAUUCCCACAUAGUAACUUUUAAAGCUGUUUUAACUGUUUGCAGCACCGUUAUCCCUCAGCUUGUCUGGAUGAAUGGCCCAUUUUUGCCAUUCCCCCUGUUUUGAAGUUGACGCAUUUGUCCUUUCUAUCAACUCCACUGUCCCUUGUGUAAUUCAAGUGUGCCCUUCCUAUCCGGAACCAGGGAGCAUCAUAUUACUUCUUUACAUCUUCCUACUUCGAAAGAUUAAAAAGUGUGAAAAGAGAAGUAUCUUUCCUCAUGAUGCAGACAUUCCCACAUAGGAGACCCCUUCCACCAACACACAUGGCAGAAGAUCCUGAGAUAUAUGAACUUACAGAAGUGUUUGGGACCUACGUUGGGACAAACCACAAUUUGAACCAAGGUUCAGUUGUUGGCAAUGGGCGUUAAAAGAAAACUAACAGAUAUGAUAAGAAUUUGUGAUCUUUGAAUAUGCUCUUGUUACCAAUGAAAAUGAAGAUAUAGGUGAAGUUAUUGGUUAAAGAGUAAGAGACUAAUUGUGUGAUAAUUUGAAUUAUUUUGGAAAACUGAAAGUUGUCUUACAGCAAAUGAUGGCUAAUCUUGAAAAGUUAAUUUGAUUUAAUUUACCCCCUGUAAUUUAAGGUGUUCUGGUAGAAAACCUCACUCUCAUGGUUGGGGUGGAAGAAUGUGUGUGAGAAUGAGUGUAUAAGAGAAUAUUGGCCCAGUAUCGACUUUAAUUUUUUGUAUUUGAAAUAAAAUUUAUUUUGCUUAGCUUUAAAAUCAAUUUCUAUUAAAAAGGAAAUUACUCAA